AUGGUUAAUUGCGAAGAUGAUGCCAAGAAUCUGACCGACCCUGAUAUCAUGGGGUUUGGGGUCCUGCUAUCCUUCGUUUUCCCAGUCCUAGCAUCUCAUGUCAUCAUGACCAUGGCCUACGUCACUCGCAGGGCGAACCCUGAAGGCUUUACACAUAUGGACACCAUGAUACACAAUAGGCUAGGGGCAUACGAAUCGAAGAUUUCUCGCUUGCGUAGCGUGAAAUACGAGCAUCUUCUCUUGACCAUCAGCGAUCAGCUUUCAGUCACUAGCUUCGCACUUCUGGUCGCGUUAUACUCCCAGAUACUCACGAUAUCGUCCUUUUCGUUUUCUGUGGGCGUAUCACUUGCCUUUAUAUCUUUCGGUGUUCAUACAAAUUGCCUAAUUGGUCUAGCACUCAGCAUCCUUGAUAACUUAUUCACCCCCGUAAGCUUAAAGCAAGUUGCCGCUUGCACAAUAAGAGGUUCGGGAACCACUGAUACGUCAAUUCUCGCUGCAGUUGCACUUAUCUGGAUAUUUGGCAAAAGUUACUACGACGCUAUUGCCCGGCUUUACUUAUUGCUUCCUCUACAAGACAACAUUUUGCGCCUUCUGUGCUUCACCGAGGAGUCUAGAAAAUACUUCAGGAUUCUUUAUCAGCAAAAGACACGAAAAGAAAUCCAAAAGACCAAAGCAAUGCUCCGGAAAUUGUCUGACAAGCACACCAACCAUUUCCAGACUAUAAGACUAGCGACCCCUGUCUUAGUCGAAGACAUGUUAGAUUCUAUAUUUUGGAGUCUCUUCCAAGACAUGUCAUUUACGGUGUAUCUACUUUACGACCUAGUCUCUAUGAUUGCUUUGGCGGGGAAGGAAGAAAUCGAAUCGUUGUUAGAACCUAAGUUUGGUCAGAUUUUGCCUCUACUCCUCCUCAUCGUCUUUAUCAUCAACGUGUUUGACGCCAAAGAAAUAGAAUACAGCAGAGUAGCAUCGACAAUUGAGAUACCCGAGAGCCCUGAGAAUUUCAUGGAGAGCGAUGUAGCACUUCACGCCGCUACCCCUUCGACAACAGAAGAGGCCAUUCCAAUGAGCGAAACGUCAAAUACGACCACUUCAGCGGAUUUCCAACGCCAACCGCACACACAUGUCACGCUACCAUUGCCAACUCGCAUCACGGGGCGUUCGAAUACUGCAAUUAGACAGGUAGACGGUGUAGAUCAGGAAGAGAUGAACAUGACAGGGCGAUACAACCUUACCGGUCGGCAGGACUCCGGACUUUCGACACCCAACAGAUCAAGGACCCCCUUGAUGGAGUCAGGGGCUACUUCCAUCAGCUUUGACUUGCAGGAUGAAUAUGAGGAAGAUCUCAAAGCAGCACUAAAGAUGAGAAAUCUCAGACUUCAGCUGGCGGAAAAAACAGCAGAAAAGGUACCGUGGUGUGCGUGGGUGGUUCUGUGGAGCGCGGUGGCGAUGCUCGCAGGCUUUUUGGCGCUGUUGGUGAUUUAUGGUGUGUGGGUGGCAUUGUCCAUUUUCGCUUUUGCUGUUAUCAUGUUGUUUGGUUCCAUUUUGCGGGGGCUCUGGGAGAUACGCAGAAUCAGGGCCAGCGCCAAAGCGAUGGAAACUCCAAAGGAGGGCAGACCGAAUAGGCAGGAGAGAUGA